AUGCAAUUUGAUAUAUGUGAUUAUAUUCGGGUGGCAACAAAGUAUUUGCUGCUUUUUAAAUCAAUGUCGGAUACAGCAGAAACUGAUUACCUUGUGUAUAACAGCUUAAAAGAAACCGAAUUAGAGAAUUUUCUGAUAGGAUGCGAAUCGAGCACCGUUGUCUCUGCGCCUAUGCACGAAUCAUCAGGAGUUCACAGCAGAAACACAUGCACUAAGGUCUUUGGUUCCGAUGAAUACACCGAUAAUAAGCGUAGUGUCAGCUAUACGAACGAGAUACUAGGUCUGGGAAGAAGGAAAUACAUAAAAUACGUUGAUUUUGUGAAUGCUAACAUCGAAGACAUGUCAUUUGUGAUUAUUAAGGUGCCGCUUACCAUGUCGCUUUUUCGAAAGCUUGUUAAACUAUCGAUGUACAAUAUCUGCGAAUUCACAUCAAAUGAAAUGCACGAAAUUUUCGCGCAUCUCUAUCCUUUCCAGGAUAAGCAAGGAUUGUUAGCAUAUGUUACAUGUUUGCACCUUCAGGAAAAUGCUAGUUUGGUUAGGAAGCUCAAGAAGUGCCACAAAACAGGGGACAAAAGUAAUUUCAAUGAACAAACACGAUUCCUAUCAAAAUGCAUUUUUGACAUAAUUGAUGAUUCAGUGUCUUUUGUCGAAAUGGUGAAUCAAAAUAUCGAAUUUAGGUUCAGGGGAGAAGGAUGUUUUUAUGGACAGUUUAAUAGGAAAAUACACUCUGAAAAAAUUAUACACCAUGAGCUAGAACUGUCGAGUUUGGUGAUUGGUUUUCUAUUCAAUUAUCUAGAUUUACAUUAUAACUACUUAGAAGAUAACAUACACACUUUGGUCAAUAAGUUUAAUGGUAGAGGGACACAAUCCCCUUUGGUUCUACGAAUAACUUAUAUCAGCGAUAAAAUUAAUGAUGAUUGUGAAAUAGAGAAUACAGACAUGCUUUCUGCAACUGAUGUAUUGCUAAGAAAGAUUAAUACAAUAUCCAAUUUUGUUUAUCAGAUAGAACACAAUAUUAAGGAUGUUAUUUUGGAAUUUUCUGAGGUUAACGCAUCUGUUGAUUCAUCCUGGAUUCACUUUAUCCCAGCUCUAAGGACAAUUCAGUGUGAUCGUUGUUCCGUAGAUUUUAUAAGUUCGAUACCGAAGGAUAUGUUAACAGUAGAAGUCGAUUUUUACAAUACAUCUGAUAAUGAGAUCACAAAUGUUUCCCAAGACAUUGCGGUAGCACGAUAUUAUGAUGGUAUAUUCUACGGCAAUUUGGUGUUUGAUGGUGCUCAAAGACAGAUUGUAAUUAUUGGAGAGAAAAUUCAAGGGUCGUUAACUUUUGCAUACAACGAAAAGUACGAAGAGAUCAAAAUAUCAAAUAUAAGUGGAAAUGUUUGUUUAUCAAACAUAGCAGGGAUCAACAGAAUAGCUUGGAAUAUGCAUGAAUACUGUAAUGAAUUGUCGUAUGAGAAAAAAGACAAUGGAAAAAGUUCGCUCAAGCUUGUAAAUGCUCAAAUUUGUGAUUCGGUUAUUCUUGAUACGAAUAUUGGCGUCCUGUCCUUUAGAAAUGUUUAUUUUGGCACAAAUCAGAAAUUCAUAUUUGUGGAUACCAAUACAUUCAUACAUAUAUCAGAAUCAUACGGUUUGUACGAUCUUACGCCGUUUUUUGGAAUAGAACUGGACAUUCAGCAAAGUAUGGAAUUGAUAAUCUCACCAAUUCAAGACGAUGAGAUGAAGUUAUCCCGGCUCGAAUUAUCGGGCGCCAGGCUUCAUAGCACUGUAAAGCUGUCGGAUAUCUUUAAGUAUGUUAAAUUGAGCAACAUUUUCGUUGUGGAUGAUUCAUCAUUCAUCCUAAAUGCGCAGUGCAAAGAACUCGUUCUCAAUGAGUGUGCCGGUACCAUCGAUUUUACAGGCAUAAAGCAACUCGACAUGGUAGAAAUUAUGUUUUCUCAAGCAGAAUCCAUCUAUGCCACAUUCGCAAAUCCGGUCAGUGUUCGUGAUUUACGCCUUCAUUGUAUCAACCAAACCCCAGAAACAUUACAGAACUUAUUAUUCAAUUUUAAAGACAUCGAACGUUUGCAAAUAGUGAACAAUAGCAGCUCUGCAUUCUAUACGAGUUGCUUACCUUACAAACAGGAUAUUGCACAAUUCUUCGAAUAUGAGCGUCCUAUGAAUGCGACUAUGCCGUUGUCGAUGAAUUUACUAGCAGAACACAGCGAUUAUCCGCACUUAAAAGGUCAUGUCAUAUCAAGCCUGGUCGUAAAUUCUGUUUUGACUUCGUCCAUAAGCGAAUGCACAGCAAGUACAAUCCGCGAGCUUGAUCUCACCAACACUAUAAUUAUGAAGGACAACUGGAUAUCGUUGAGCAAAUUGACCAAUUUGAAAAUACUCAAGUUAUGUGUGGAUAAUCUCACCGAUGCGUUCUUCAAGAACCUUCCACCGAGCAUCAGGCUAUUAAAAUUAUCAAGCAUGACCACACGUGACGUGGAAUGGAACGUUGAAGAUAAGUUUGGCUGUUCCAAUCCUUUGGUCGCACUCCCAAACUUGCGAAUUUUAUUGGUUGAUGCAAAUUUCAUACCCAUUCUAUCUCAUUCUGAUCCAAUACCUCGGUCACUCGAGGCCAUUCAAGUACGUUUGACAGAGAGAUUUGCGAAAGCCCCAUCAAUGGCGAGAUCGAAAUUCAAAAUAAGUGAGUUAUACAUCAGUGAUGAAGACGACAUUGUCGGUGACUGCAACAAGAGUGUUGGUCGAAAAGUUAAAGCCCUGCUUAUGUUUUUAUCAAACUACGUUGAUUUUACUGUUCUUGAUCAUCUCAUGCUUGUCUCUUCUUCUGGUUUGAUCAUAAUUGAUCCGCUAACAUACGAAAUUUUGAACAAAGAUGAAAUGUGUGUUCCCAUAGGGUUUGGAGAGGAUAGAAAUUUGAUGUGGAGGUGAUAUCAAUAAAAAGGAU